AUGAGUGAGGAACUACAAUGGAGAGUGAAGAAGGUCUUGACGGAGUUGUCAACUCUCAUCAACGCAAUUCCUCUGGAUGGGAAAAUCCUGAGCGACGAUAAGAAGAAUGGGACAGGUAAAUCGAGUGGGAAGGGUAGUUUGGCUUCAACAGGUGUUGUAUGGGAUGCCUGUGAUUCUGUCAUAGGGCUGAAGACUUUAGGUGUAGCAGGAUUGGCUAUGAAGAAAGCAGAAGAAUAUCGAGAUUUAGUCAAGGAUGCGCUCGAAGAGUUGCAAGCAUGGGCGGAGGAGGAAUCAGAUGACGAUGACGAUGAUGAGGAUGAGAAUAGUGGGGAUGAAGAUGACGAGAAGAAAGAUCCUCAAGAUAUUGUGGAUGAUCUUUUUGGAUCCCAAUCACAUAUACCCAAGGACGACCCGGAAAAGAUUCGUGAAAAGCUCGAGUCGUCAACGAAAAGAUUAAGACUCAUAAUUCUAAUGUACCAAGCAGUCGAGAAGAGAAGGUUAAAGACACUUCCUCAUCUACCGCAUCCCGAGUUGCCUACACAACUGAAGGAGAAAUCCUCCGAAGAUCCAGGUAUAGUGGAGUGCUUAGAUGAGGUACUUGUAAGGAUGAAGAAGAUUACAAACCUCACGGAUGAUUUAGCAAGUGCGUUCUAUGAUUUGGAUAGUGCUGCAAUUGAUAAGCUCAUGGAUGAGACUUGGUUUACAGGCUUUGCUACAGUUGAAUUACUGAUCAAGAAUUGGGAGGGACAAAAAGACGAUUUCACUACUUGGGCAUACAAAUUUCAACUUGCUAUGAAAAAGGGCUGGUAA